CCGGAAUCUGCCACUGUUGAAUACAAGGCCCUGGCUAACCAGCAAGAUCAAGACUCCUCCUCGUCGCUGCAGCCCACGGUGAUAAGGCCUUUUCUCCUUUCGUAAGGUGAAUUAUCGAUGCUGAUGUCAAUUUUGAGCUUGUAUUGACAAUUCUACGUGGGCAGUAUGAAGAUCAACAUUGCCAACCCCGCCACUGGGGCUCAAAAGACCAUUAAUAUCGAUGAAGAGAGAAGAUACCGUAUCUUCUUCGACAAGAAGAUCUCGCAAGAGGUCGAGGCGGACAUCCUUGGAGACGAAUGGAAGGGUUACAUUUUCCGUAUCACUGGUGGUAACGACAAGCAGGGUUUCCCCAUGAUGCAGGGUGUCCUGCUCCCCUCUCGUAUCAGACUGCUUUUGACCGAUAACCACACUUGCUACCGUGCAAGCCGCUCAGGCGAGAGGAAGCGCAAGUCCGUCCGUGGUUGCAUCGUUGGCCCUGACAUUGCCGUCCUCUCCGUCGUUAUCGUUAAACAGGGCGACAAUGAUGUCCCUGGGCUCACCGACACCGUUCUGCCCAAGCGACUUGGUCCUAAAAGGGCAACAAAGAUCAGAAGGUUCUUCAACUUGUCGAAGGAGGAUGAUGUCAGGAAGUACGUUGUAAGGCGUGAGGUGAAGAGUUCGAAGAAGGAGAACGCCAAACCUUACACCAAAGCACCCAAAAUCCAAAGAUUGGUCACUCCCAUCCGUCUGCAACGCGCCCGUCACCUCCGUUCUCUUAACCGUCGCCGGAUCGACCGCCAGAAAGAGCAGAAGGCAGAAUACGAUGCCCUCAUGCAAAAGCGUGUUGCUGAGAAGAAGGCCAAGGUUGCAGCCAUCAAAGCCUCGCACACCAAGACUGCCUAAAAUAAUCCCCGUACAUCAUCCACACUUCAUGUCAUGCUUCUUAUGGUACCUCAUGUCACACCAUGCUUUGACGCUAUACUACCUGCAUUAAAGCCCAUCGCAUCGCUGAUAUGUCAGUAUCAAGUGAAUAUUGACGUACCCCAAGGUUUGGGUUACUCUUGAAGCCCCGUGUUUUCUCAAGCUGGAUCGCUGAGCUUGUCAUUGCGUGUUUGAUUGUCGUGUCAAUUAAAUUUUCAGAUUAGGCUACUUCACUAGAUCGACUCUUGCCAAUAAAAUGGGUCUGAUGUCUACGCUCGCCCUGCCUCCUUGUUCCCU